UGUCGCUCGAGCCGCAGCGGAGAUGCUGGCGCUGUUCUCUCUCUCUCCUCCGCGACACACACACACACACACACAGAGCGCGAGCGCGCAUCAUCACGCUCCUGCUUCUGCUGUGAACAUCCACGGUUUGCUGCUAUGAAUCCUCCGUCCUGACGGCAUUAACACACACACACACACUCCGACAUGCAGGAGCGGGUGAAGAGCGUCGGAGCGGCCGCGCUGCUGACACUGUGCGCGAUCCUCGAGUGCAUAGAAGCAAAGAAGUAUUGCUGGUAUUUUGAAGGAGGAUACCCCAUCUAUUUCAUAUGCCGCUCGUAUGAAGACUGCUGUGGGACUCGCUGUUGCGUCCGCGCUCUCUCCAUACAGAGGCUCUGGUACUUCUGGCUGCUGCUGAUGAUGGGCGUGCUCUUCUGCUGCGGCGCGGGCUUCUUCGUUCGCCGGCGGAUGUAUCCGUCUCCGCUCAGCGAAGAUCCGACCUUUAACGUGUCCUUCACCAGACAGCCGGUCAGCACACCAGUCUCUCAGCAGCCGGGCAUGCAAGGCUACGUUGACCCCUGCGUCGCCAUGACGACGACCCUGGCCCCUGCCUACCCCGGGCCGGCCCCGGCGACGCACGUGAUUGGCUCGUUCCCCCCGCCGCCGUCCUACUGUAGCCACCCGCCGCCGUCGUACGAGCAGGUGUUCAGCGGCGGCGAGAAGAAGAGCCACACACAGCCCUCGCAGUGAGCAACACACACACACACACACACUCGCUGGCUGGGUUUCAGGACGCCUCUUUCUUGCCCGUCCUCAGUCGUGGCGUGUGAUCGGAGGGGCAACAAAGAGAACAGAGUCCUG